CUCAGAAUAAAAAGAAAAAAGAUCAGGCUAGAUUAGGAAAAAAGAAAGCCAGAGAACAAGCAUUAAGAAGAGAAUUUUUAUUAAAAUUAGUAGAAUCAAUAAGCAAAGACGAGGAAGAAAAGGAAAUCCUAUUAGCUGCCAUAGAAGCCAAACAGGAGGAAAUAAACCAAAACAAGCAAAGCCAGGACAAUCAGGAGGAACUUCGUAAAUCUGGGGAAGAAUUAAAGGAGGCACAAAGUAAAGCCCAAUCUGAACCUGAACCAUCAGAGAAUCAAGAGAACGAUAAUGAUGAUCACUCUGGGUCAGAGAAUAUACCGUCUAGCAGUGGUUUACCUACUCAAAAUAAUUCCGAAGGAAAUUGUGCCCUUUGUAAAAAAACUUUAUCUGAUACAGAAAAAGCCUUUAAUUAUCCUACCGAAGAACCUAAUUACAAAUUUUGCGAUA